GCCUCUUUUUGAAGCUUGUUUCCCUUGCAUCUUCUCUCUUCUCUCCCAGCUCUGCGUUGCUAGCAGAGAUGAGGCUUUCAGCAUCAAUCACAACAUUGGCUUUCGCGGCAGGCAUUGCGCUUGCGAGAGAUCCGCGCCAUGUCAGGAGCAGUUGGGAUCCGAAUUUUGAAUCUCAAGUCGCGAAACGUUUAGCUCGUCCAGUCGCCGCUCCUGGGGGGUAUUCUGCGAAACCGAUCAUUCCUCAGACGCAGAAGACGGAGAAGUUCAAAGUCAAUGGAAGAAGAAUUCCUGAUGUGGACUUUGAUAUUGGAGAGAGUUAUGCUGGAUUACUGCCGAUUUCUGAGGGCAAGAAUGUGAGCGAGCUGUAUUUCUGGUUCUUUCCUAGCGCCAAUGCGAAGGCGGAUGAUGAGAUUUUGAUUUGGCUCAAUGGAGGUCCAGGCUGCUCCAGUCUUGAGGGGUUGUUACAGGAGAUUGGACCCUUCCUUUGGCAGUUCGGAACGUACAAGCCAGUCAAGAAUCCUUAUACUUGGAUCAACUUGACCAAUGUUGUUUUUGUCGAACAGCCUGCUGGAACUGGGUUCUCUCCGCGGAAGGGAACACCUCCAGCGAAAGAUAACAUUGAGGCUGCGAAGCAGUUCUUAGGCUUUUGGAAAAACUUUGUGGAUACCUUCGGUCUGCACAAUCGCAAGAUUUACAUUGCUGGAGAAUCAUAUGCUGGCUACUACGUCCCAUACAUCGCGGAUGCCAUGCACAAUGCCACGAACGCGACCUACUACAACAUCGAGUCGAUCAUGUUCUAUGAUCCAUCUGUCUCGUACGACAUCGUCCACGGGGACAUCCCGGCAGUGCCAUUCGUACACAACUGGAAGCAGCUCUUCAAUCUCAAUGCGACUUUUCUCAAGAGCCUUGACGCCCGUCACAAGAGCUGUGGGUAUGAGAAGUUCCUUGAAGAGACGCUCGUAUAUCCGCCGAAAGGGCCGCUUCCGACUCCACCAGACGUGGAUGAGAAGAAUGGCAGCUGCCGUCUCUUUAGAGAAAUCAGGGUGGCUGCUUCUCUGGUGAACCCUUGCUGGGAUGCUUACCAGAUUGCCACGACUUGUCCACUUUUGUGGGAUGUACUGGGAUUUCCAGGUAGCUUCCCAUACACCCCCGAUGGCGCCAACAUCUACUUCAACCGUACAGACGUACAGAAAGCAAUCAACGCUCCGCUAGGCAGAUGGGACGAGUGCUCAAACAAUGUCCUCGAGGAUGACAACAGCACACCCUCAGGUUUGAGCGUCUUGCCAAGAGUUAUUGAAAAGAACAAGAAGACAAUCAUCGCACACGCCGAGCUCGACAUGGUUCUUAUGACGAACGGAACACUCGUCAUGAUUCAGAACAUGACUUGGAACGGGGUGCAGGGAUUCCAGAAGGGCCCGAGCGAGUGGGAAGAAUUCUACGUUCCGUACCACUCCGAGUCAAACGAUGGCACUCUGGCUGGAGCAGGAUAUUUUGGAAGACACCACACCGAGCGUGGCUUCACUUUCAGCACUGUCGAGCUUUCGGGACACAUGAUACCUCAGUAUGCUCCGUCUGCUGCGUAUCGGCUGCUUGAGUUUUUGCUGGGCAGGAUUGAGAGUCUGAGUGAGGUGUCGGAUUUUACGACGCAGAAGGGAGAUUUUGGGAACGGUAAUGCUACUAUAAAGAUGUUUUGAGGAGAGUGUAGCAUAGAUAGACAAUGUGCAUACUGAAGACGCGUCGAUCGAGCGCGAAUUU